UAAGGAAGCGCAGUCAGCUGUCACAACCUGAGAGAGGCGAGAAGAGGGAGCGCAGGCGACAAGAAACACAACAAGAGCCAAAAUGUCCAGCUUUUCCACCAAGUUCGGCGGCUACACGAUGACUCAGCUUAAUGAAUUUCUAGAGGACGACGAAAAACUCUUAAAAAUGGUCCAGGAGACGGAUGAGGUGCAGGAGGUCCAGCAGAACAAGGAGAAGACCCUGGCCAAUAACCGAACCCUGGCCGAACAGAACCUGACCCUGCAGCCCCAGCUGGAGCACAAGAAGGAGCAGCUCACUAAGAGCUACAGUUGCCUUCAGGAGAGCUUUGAGUCCUAUCAGCUCCGCAAGUCCAGGCUAGACCACAAGUCAGGAGCCACCUCCCUGGACAUUCUGCUGGCCCUGCUGCAGGCAGAGGGAGCCAAAAUAGAAGAAGAGACAGAGAACAUGGCCGACUCUUUCCUGGACGGCGACAUGACCCUGGACGCCUUUGUCGAUUCCUACCAGAACAAAAGGAAGCUGGCCCACCUGAGACGGGUGAAGAUUGAGAAGCUGCAGGAGAUGGUGCAGAAGGGCCCGCACCUCCUCUCACAGGCUGCUGCCGUCCCCUCCUCCCGACUUCAGGACGUGCCCGCUGUGUCGUCCCUCCUCGCCGAUGGCAACAGCAGCAACUCCUCUCCAGUUGCCCAGCCCAGAAGGAAACCUCCCGCCCCUCCAUCCCAGCCCCCUCCCGUUCUAAGCCCAACUCCAACCACUACCCCCCAGUCUCCUUUCUUCUGCCCGCCAUCGCAGUACCCACCCAUCCCUCCCAGAACAGGGCAGCCCUUCCCCAGCGUCUCUGCCGGAUACCCCAGCCCCUAUAUCUCUCAGUACCCUCCUGCUCUGCCUCAGAGGCCCCCGCCUCGUUUGGCCCCGCAGCCUGGGUUCAUCAUUCAAUAAGCUCAAAUUAAAAAGAAAAAACAACAACAUCCCUUUAGAGGUUCUAGUGUUUAUUACAAACAUUUAACAACUGGAACUCCUUCAGAGAACAAUGUUUCUUAUGUCAUCCGCCUUCUCGGAUUAUGCCCCAAACUCAACACCAGAAAGGCAGAUGCACACGAGUUGGUCUGGGUGCGUUCAUAUAAGGCAUAUCUCCUAUAACCUCUGUGGAUUACUACUCGCUCGCAUCAGCAGCACUCCCAUCGAAAGUUCAGAAACAAACAAAUAAAAAAAAAAAAGAACUGUUGGGACCGUCUCAGGUCUCUCUCAGCAGAGAAAAGGGAGCCGACUAACAUCGUCCUUGCAGUCGAUAAACCGAGACUUGAUGAUCAGCGCUCUGCGUCUCCAGUGCUCCACCCCUCCUGCAAACAUGUUCCGUUUAUGGAACACUAAACUUUUUUUUUUUUUCAGAAAACUAUUUAAAACUCAUCAUCUCCAUCACAGCAUGCUAAUUUACCUGUAUAUGCAAGCCAGGAGAGACCCAGAUUACUGUGCAGUUUUCAUGAAAAUAUAAUUUUCCAGAAUAUAUUCAGGCAAAAACUGCGUCUAUGCUGUGAUUUUUUUUUUCUCUCUCUUUUAAAAUAUAUAAAAAAAAUUAAAAGGUACAUAGGAAUAUUUAAAUUUGAGCAUCAUCUGUAGAGUUAAGACUAAUGGAGUUAUGAUAAUAAUAGUCAGAAUAUACUGAUUAACAUGUAAAGGAGGGAUUAGGUCGGGGCUUCUCCAGUUUGCGGAUGCAUCUAGGCAGGGAGCCCGGCCCCCUGCCUGGUCCGUUUCCGGGCGGGCGAGGGCCGAAUGGGGACCAGCGGCUGAAAGCGAAGGACUUCUGAACAGCCAUACAAUACGCUGCAGGAGUGUGUUGUACCUUACGGGCUCCAGUCGUACUACAACACUCCAUCUAUGAUGUCUGUUUUCGUUUUACUGGCGUCAUUAGGAACUCAAUGGGGAAACGAUGCCAACGGUUCUUUGGACACUGAGCACCAAAGAGUUCCAGUUUUUUUUGUUUUGUUUUAUUUUUUUGUUAGUAGUUAUUGUCCAUUGUUCCCAGCAUAUCUGUUUGUGAGGCUUUAACACUCUUUUUUGUAGUCAUGCAACAGCCAGAAGACCUUAAGAAGAGCAACCUGGCUUUGGGAGGAAUUCUCAUUUCUGCUGAAACUAUUAUUAUUAUUUUUCCCCACCAACCCGACUGCUGUUCGCUGUGCACUGUUGACGAGCCACGAGUGCCUACACUUGAAAGUGACAUUGUGCUGAUUACUUUACGCAACUACGCUCAGCUGUAAACGUUGGAAUCAUCCUCCUUCCCCGCUCUUGAGAUUGGCACCUGCUACUGUACUGUCUUUUUUUUUUUUUUCUCUCCGUCUACCAGUACAUUUAAGAAAAGUUUUUAAGUCUGAGAAACUCCCCCAGUAGCAGAAAAACAGUACUUAAAGGAAUGGUUUGAGAUUUUGGAAGCGAGGUUUGGUUUAAAGGUUAUUAGCAUCUAAUUUCUUACUGGCAGUAGUUAACUCUUUUGGUUAGUCAGAACAUAGUAGUGGCUUAAAUGAACUUUUGCUUAUUCAUUUUUACACAUUUCUUUUGGGUAGAUGCAACUUUUUCACCUCCUGAUGCGAUACCGAUAUCGAGGCUUUAGGUAUUAGCCAAUACGAUAUUGACCCAGUACGAUAUUGGCAUUAAUCAUAUGUACUUUUAAUACUUAUUUUGUAGAGUGUCAUUUUGUAGAAAUAUUAGAAGAUGCUUUAUCAAGUGAUACUUGAGGGGGGGAGGAGAGUCAAAAACAAUCAGUAUAAGAACAAUUAUUAUUAACCAAUGGGUCUGUGUGAGGGAUACAAGUGCUGCUGGAUAGAAAUGCUGGGCCAGACUAAAUGCUGGAGCGCAGUGCGGGAGUAGAGGUUUUAUAUCAGAGAUCUUAGAUGCAGGCUGAAAUAAUCUGAUACUUUUUGGCUGAUAUGGAAUCGAUAUCGGAUCGGGACACCCCUUCCCUGUUCGGACCAAUAGCUGCAGUGUUUCUUAGACUGGAGGAGUUUUAAGAUGUAAAUCUGCCUCUUGUUUGAUUUACCGUAAGUGAAGAUGCCACGAGAGUUAGACUGCUACCACAGCUAAACUUCAAAAAUUCCAAACUGUUCCUUUAAAACAUGCCAAAAAGACAAGAGACAGCUUCCCAGGCUAAGUGCCAAGCGGUGCUAGUACUUGUCUUCCAUUGUCUGAAGUGAAGCCACAUUUAUUUGCAUGUGGAUUUUUUUCUUUUGUUUGUUUAUUUAACUAAUAUUGAGAAAAGAACAGGCCUUUAAAGUGAUUCUUGUCAGAGAAUCUGAAUCAGGUAAAACUUAAGAAAUUUGAGAACACCAGGAUUUAAAAAAAUGUUGUUUUUUUUUUUUUUGCAUGGAAUGUUUUUGUUUGGACGACUCCUUUUAAACACUUGCUGCUUUUUCUUUGAACAGAUCCUUUGCAUCAGUGGGUGGUUUUAAAUGUGCGUGGUGAUAAUUUCAGUGUCAUGUUGUAGUUAUUUACGUUUAAUGAAUGUUUAAGUGGAAUUUAAUGCUAUUUUUGAGUUCAAUAAAUCAUAAAAAAUUUUUCUAUCA